AUGUCAAGUAACAUAAUUCCUACUUACUCUUUACUAGUACUUAUUUUGAUGUCUGUUUGUAUUGUUUUAGCAAAUGCAGAUGCUGAAUGCGAAUAUGUGAAUUCAAAUUUAUUGAUACCAUGCGAAGGGUUCUUAAUGAGUGGAAGCGAUUCCCCUAAUACUGCCUGUUGCAAUGGAGCACAAACUAUUGACAAACUAUUUCAAGAGUCUGAUUGCCCUGAUCGCGAAGCCAUCUGCUUAUGUCUUAAGAAUGCUGCACAAACUUUACCUAUAGAUCUUCAGAAAGCAGCAAAGCUCCCUGCCUUAUGCAACCUUACCUACAUAUCUAUCGACCCUAACGUUGAGUGCUCCAAGUAA